AUGGUCCAACGAUGGCCAAAACCAACUUCAACAACGAGACAUGGAUGUCGACCCAGUAUUCCGUCUCCAGUGAUCGCCCCUCGUACUUUUCUCCCUCCGCGGCGUGACGGCGCACAUACUUCAUCGUCCAUCAUCAAUCCAUCCAUCCGUCCACUCGGCCGCCGAUCGAGAUGCAAGGAACACUCUCAUCAACUUCUCGCCACGGCUCAUGAAACCCCAGUACAAUCGGGCCGGGGAAAUCGCUUUGCUCUGGACCUUGUCACUCAUUACUUCAACUCGGGCCACGAACCCAACGCGCGAGCUACCAAGAGUCCGGGACUCCACACAAACACACACGCGCACAUUAGGCGCCGCAAACGCACUCUAGGUUUUUUUCUUUUCCCAUUUAGAUUGUGGACUUCUUUUAGGUUGGUUGUUUCUCUCUCUUCCUCCACCAACCUACUCUAG